GGUGACAGGGUAUAAAAGCAUAAGCUCUCCCCACCAGUUUGACAUGAGCUAUACUGAGGCGAGCACUCGCGAUGUCUUUAGUACGUUCAACCAGUUUAGUGUUCUGUCUGGUAGUGCUUGUUCUAUGCAGAUGGACGGCAGGAAAAUCAUGCUCGAAGAGCUGUCCAAGCCCACUGGUCUUAUACACGGCCAACUGCGUUUGCGUUCCAUCAUUCGUACAAUGCUUCAGACAAGAUGAGACCGAUUGUCCGGCAGUCACAAAAGCCAAGUUUUGCAACACUCCGACCUACAUGGUGUCGUGUCCACACAGCUGCGGCCUUUGUAAAUCGGACUAUGUUCCAUCCUCCAAACUGGCAAUCGCUUUCUUCCCCUCGGGGAAAUCGGCACUCGACAUGUACCUGGGUAACUGUGGCGCCCCCCCACGUUUGGCAAAUGGCGUCUGCAGGGCAACACAUGGUAAACUUUCUGACGUAGCAACCUGCGCCUGCAUCCCUGGCUACAAGCUCGCUGGACAUGGUCUCAGUCACUGCCAGAAAAAUUGGAAAUGGUCUGCCCACGCCUCGACCUGCAUCAUUAAAAACUGUGGCUCGCCUCCAGUGGUUGCUCGUGCAACUGUAAGCGCCCCUGUCACGACAUUCGGCGCAACAGCAACAUACACAUGUAACGUUGGCUUCAGACUUCGCAGCUCGCCCUUCUCCAGAUGCAAGAAGGAUGGUACCUGGACGGCCAUGGGUCGCAUUUGUACACUACACGAUUGCGGUGCACCUAAAGCCUUGCCCAAUGCUGUGUCUUCUUCACCUGCAACCACCGUCGGCCGGAUAGCUACCUACACAUGCAAACCUGGCUAUACCGCAAGCGGCACACGCACGAUCCUCUGCAAGGCUGGCGGUACUUGGGCUACAACAAACUUCAAAUGUACCAUCAAAAACUGUGGUACACCCACUGCCGUCACGGAUGCUACAGUGUCGGCACCAACUACCACCUUCGGUUCUACCGCCACAUACACCUGCAACCAAGGAUUCACAAGAAGAUCGGGUUAUCUCAAAGUCGUCUGCUUGUCAAGCGCCAGAUGGUCUACUAACAACUUAAAGUGCUCCAAAUUUGCCUACAUAAACGGGUAUGUUUUGGGUAUGAGGAUUAUUCCUGGUAACGGCGUCAGCUCUGCCAACACUUGGAAAAAUCCGUCUAUCAAGCUGGACUUCCCUGUGCCCGCGUCUCUGCAGCCUGGUUGCCUAGGGCCCGACACACGUCUCCCCUGUAAGACGCAUUUCAGGAGCACGCUGGUUAACUAUUGGUCAAAGAUCGGCUUACAGAGGGUGCGCGUCGUCCUCCUCAAAAAUAGAAAGGCAGUAAGGACGUUGGACUUCAACGCAAAAGGAACGAACUACCUCUCUUGGUUCUCCAGAUCCAAAUUGAUAAGAUCCACUUGGAAAAAUCUUCCUUACAAAUAUUCCAUGAACCAUUUCAAGAUCCUUGGGCCCUCAUCCUAUAGGAACUGGUACAUCAACAGAGCAUCGCGCACAUGCAGUACAGACGACGGAUGGCUUGUUGUAAAAGAUUCAGCUGGUGCUGGUUGCCCCUACGAUAAAGGAAAGAGUUUUCCGAGGAUAAAGUAUUCAAACACCGAAUACCAUCAAAGAGCAACACGUUACGCAACGGCGGAUACUAUGUUAAUACUUCUAAAACUGGCUACCGAUGUAUGCGGCCCUCCUCCAACUGUUAAAAGAUCAACCGUCAAAUAUACCUCCCUCGCUGUUGGCGCUAAGGCUGUAUACACAUGCCACACAGGAUUCCAAGCUACACGCACCCCAUCAAUAAAUUGUUUAGCCGACAGCACCUGGACGAAGGUCUACUUUAGUUGUGAACCCAACACCUGCGCCAGUGUCAAGAAGUGCAAUGCUAAAAAAGAUGGAGAAUACUGGAUAUACCCCACGCUGCUCAAGGGCGCCAGUUUGAAGGUUUACUGCUAUAAUAUGAAGUCCCGCAGUCCCAUGGAUUACAUUACGCUAGUAAAAAGAAACUAUGCCAACUAUCCUGCCACGCGAAACACAAAAUGCACCGGCAAAGACGUGCCUCUUCCUAAACCUAACAAGUCCGGAGUCACUACAUUCUCCAAGGUUCGGAUCUACGUAUCGACAAUGCAAGUCAUCAGAAGCGACUUGAGAUUUGCCAGAUCAACUGGCACCGUCCAGCAGUUUGGAGUAGCGUACGCCUGCCACUCUAAACUAAACAAAUGCAAGAAGAAAGGAGUUACUGUUGUGGACUUCAGAGGCACUGGACUUGGAAUAAAAUCUACGGCAAUCUUUUCAACAGGGCUAUACGGCUCUGGAUACUACUCUCACAGUGGAUCGAAGGAAUAUUACAAGCUUGUGUGUGGCGGUUACUGCGGAGGUUGCUAUAUGCCCGGAAGCGUCCGCAUGAAACGAAUUUACUCACCAAAAGCAAGCAGCGCUACAAAGGUCAACUGUUGAAUAUUGGGGUUUGGUCAUCGCAGCGUACUGUAACGCAAGAAUCUUAAUACAUGUACGAUGUGAAAAUAAAAUGUCGUGACAAA